AUGUCUCAACCAAGUAAAAGUCUCAACUUGAACAAUAAGCAACCGCAGGAAGAGGAAAAUGAUGACCUGGUUAUCUUUCCUGACGUCGACAACUCUGAGCUCAUUGUUCGCUACCAACUCAGCCUAGUGGGUAGACUCUUCAACAAAGAGCGACGAAGUGUUGAAGGUCUUAUUGCCCUCCUGCCUAGACCUAGCAUCUGGGAUGUUAAAGGUAGAGCCAGAGGUGUGGAUUUAGGGAAUCAUAGGUUUCAAUUUGACUUUGAUUCAGAAACUGACCUUCAGAAGGUGUUAAGCAAACGUCCAUGUCAUUUCAACAAAUGGUCUUUCACCUUGGAACGCUGGAGUCCCCACAUAGGCGAUUCAUUCCCUAAUAAGAUGACCUUCUGGGUUAGCGUCAUUGGGAAUGUGGAAGCAAAGGCAGCAAAAUUCGAGUUGGAGCUGGAUGCAGAGCUUCCGUUGAAGUUCAAUCUUCGCGCCCAACUACCCUCGGGUGAAAUCGUCCAUGUAUCGCUGGAAUACCCAAACCUCCAACGCUGGUGCCACCAUUGCCAUCUCUUAUCUCAUGAAAUUGAUAUUUGCCCCCAACUACCUGAUGAGCAAAAAGAACAGUUCAUAAAAGAGAAAGAUUUAUCGAGAGACCAAGGUCCAUAUCCUAGAAAGGAGGCCAAUAGGAAUGGAGAGAACCCAAGGAGAGCAACUGCACCUGGCUCAAAGGCUCAUGUGAUGCAAGAAAGGAGGCCAGUAGAUUACUCUCAAAGAGACAACAGGGACAGCGUUUGGAAACGCAUUGACUCCCGUUAUGCUCCUAGAGAGGAUCACCGCCGAGACCACCGUCAUGCUCCUCAUGAUCUAGAAAAGCAGCCACACCAAAAAGAAACAUCCAACAAGAGAAGAUAUGAGAAAUCUUUUGCCUCAAGUAGACAAAGAGAGGAAGUACGAAAAACAACUAGUAAGCAGUUACCUUCAAAGAAAAUCUCUGAGGAAGAGCAUCCCCCUUCUGCCUCUCGUGCGCAACAACCUAUUGACCCCAAUAAUCAAAAGUUGAAAGGGCAAGUGUCUGACUUGGAAAACGCUUCUGAUGAAGGAAUUUCUGCAAAAAAAUGUUUAAACUUCAACGAAGAGAAGACUCCUCCUCUAAAAAAACCGCAAGACGCACCACUCCCCCCGGUAAAAGAAAAGGAAAAGAGCUGGUAUGAGCAGACUCUAGAAGAAGAAGAAGAAGAGACUUUGAAUCAAGAGAUAGUAAACAAACCUGACACGCCUGUGGAGAAGACGAUGGAGACAGUGGAGGACCUAGAUGCAGAAAAGAUCUUAGAGGAUGAAGAUUGGAUGGCUAAUGAAAUUAACUAUGAUGAUGAUGAUCUGAUGGAUGAAGACGACUUGUUAAUUGAAGAUAUGGAACAUAAGGAAGCGUCGAUCAUUUCUGCCAAAGCGUCGAAGCAAUCGACGACUGAUGGUCUCUCUGCUUUGGAGGAAAACAACAAACUUUCGGCGAAACCAAGCCCCCAGGCUCGAUCUGAUCAUCGUUCGGACUCUACCCUUGCUCAGACGCCAUCAUCCAGCUCGCGACCAUCUCCGGCGAAGAAGAAAAGCGGUUCUCCAAGUCCUCUCGCUACUGGCGUCUCUCUCAGACAGAAGAAUCUCUUGGUGGGCCGGGCUACAAAGCCAAAAGCUUCAAAGAAUGGUCCAAAACUCUCUCCAGCCCAUACCCAAGUUCCAAGUGAAACUGAAAAAUCAGAAAUGUUUUCGAAGAACAGCAAAAAAAUCAUCUAA